AUGGUGAGUGUGUCAGAGGGCGUGAAGGUGUGUGUCAGAAGUGGUUGGGUAUACCAGUAUGUCAGGCUGUGUAGCGAGGUAUCAUUCUUUGUCAAAAAAAUGCACCAUGACUAUGACAGAUCAAUAAAAGGUCACUGUUUUACCUCGCACUCGAACACCGCCCCGUCCUCGGCCGCUGAAACCUCGAUUUCCAGAGAGUUGACGACGCCGCCUCCGUCCUCGGUCGUGGAGGUGUCGUCCAGCACGCGACCCCCCUUCGCCACACCAGCCAGGGGGACGGCUUGCCCCCCCACGCCCUGCAGAAUCCUCGGCUGGAGCAGCGGUGCCACGGUGGAGACGGUGUCCGGGGUGCCAGUGCCGCUGGAGUGCCUCGCCAACGAAGCCCGACCUCCGGCUGUGCUCACCUGGUCACGUGACGGCUCGGCCAUCACUAAUGGCAAUGUGGAAGAGCGCGUGGAGGAAUCCAGCCUAGUGGAGCGGCGGUGGGACGCGAGGAGCCGCCUGCACCUCACGCCCACGCCGGCGGAUGAUGGGCGGAGGUUCUUCUGCCAGGCCGCCCACGCUGCUCUGGAGGCGCCCCUGCUCGCCUUCGUUACCCUCUCGGUCUUGUACCCCCCAGGGAAACCGACCAUCAGCGGCUACAGUCCGGGGGCGGCGCUGAGGGAGGGUGAGACCCUAAUCCUCACCUGCAGGGCGUCGGGGGGCAAGCCGUCCCCCUGGCUGGUGUGGCGAAGGGGGAGUCGCGUGCUGGACGACACCUCCACGACCGAGGACGGAGGCGGCGUCGUCAACUCUCUGGAAAUCGAGGUUUCAGCGGCCGAGGACGGGGCGGUGUUCGAGUGCGAGGUGAACAGUGACCUGUUGGAGGAGCAGCUCAGGACCAACGUCACGCUCACUGUUCACUAUCCGCCCAGCGUCGUUCACAUCCGCGGCCCGAGUCAGGUGGAGGACGGAGCACCCAUAGGACUCACCUGCGAAACCGAUGAGUCCAGGCCUCCUGCUGUUAUAACGUGGCUGAUACAGGGGAGAACAUACAACUCGGAGCAGACCUUGGUGACCCGCGUGAGCACUGGCGGCUGGAUCACGACGUCUGACCUGACCAAGUACGUCAUGAGGUCAAACCAGGCGAGGGAGGUCACGGUGCAGUGCGAGGCGACCAAUCCCAGCGUCCACGGAACUGUCACGGCCACAAAAGUCAUCCUCGUCACACCCAGAUCCUUCUCCCCCCCGGCAGAGCCCGCCAGCCCCCCCGUGCUCCUCAGCGACCUGCAGCCCCCCCUCCCCGCCGGCUCCCUCCUCCCCCUCGCCUGCGCCAGCCACGGGGGUCACCCUCCCCCCACCAUCAGAAUCUACAAAGAGGCAACAGAGGUACCCACUGACCUGAUACUUGAAGGCAACGUGACCCGAGCUGAGGGUCAGGUCACGCUCACAGCGGCUGAUAACGGCGCCCUUAUCUCGUGCGAACUCGUGCGGCCCGGGAGCAGGUCGCCACUUAUCACGACGGGAAAGCUGUCUGUGCAGUGUAAUGUAUCGUGUUUUCAUGUUCUCUUUCUCUCUUUUUUGCAGUGUAAUGCGCUGUGCUUUGUCUCUCUUUGCCAGUGUAAUGUGUUGUGUUUUCUCUCUCUUUGCCAGUGUAAUUUGUUACGUUUUGUUACACUUUGCCAGUGUAAUGUGCUGUGUUUUGUUUCUCAUUGCCAGUGUAAUGUGCUGUGUUUUGUUUCUUUGCUGUGUAUUUUACUGCGUUUUGAUGUCCUCUCUUUGCAGUGUAAUGUGUUUUGCUGUUUCUGUCUUUGCAGUGUUAAUAUGCUUUGUCUCUCUUUGUAGCGUAAUAUCAUGUGUUUUCCGUUCUCACGUUUUUUCCUCCCUUUCUUUAUGGUGUAAUUUACUACGUUUUUUUC